CCGGGACCGCCCCCGGGACCGCCUCCCUUCCGGCGGCCGCAGCAGCGCUCCCGCCUCUUCCGUCACAGCGCGCUCGGGCCGACAGCAGCGACCGCGCCGCGGCCAUGAGUGAGGCAGAAGUGAAUCCCAAAGCUUACCCGCUGGCUGAUGCACAGCUCACAAAAACACUGCUGGAUCUUGUGCAGCAGUCCUGCAACUAUAAGCAACUACGCAAGGGAGCCAAUGAAGCCACCAAAACACUGAACAGAGGCAUAGCAGAGUUCAUUGUAAUGGCAGCAGAUGCAGAGCCCUUGGAGAUCAUCCUGCACCUCCCUCUUCUCUGCGAGGACAAGAAUGUCCCUUAUGUGUUUGUGCGCUCCAAGCAAGCCCUGGGCCGGGCAUGCGGCGUUUCCCGGCCUGUCAUCGCCUGCUCCAUCACCAUCAAGGAGGGAUCACAGCUAAAGCCUCAGAUCCAGUCUGUACAGCAAGCUAUAGAAAGACUGUUGGUCUAAGUGCCCAUGAGUGUAAAUGUGUGUGAAAUUAAAAAGUGCAAAUUAGGGGAAAUUAAUGUUUAGCUUCAGUUGAGAUGAUAGUUUUGAUAUCAAUGUUUCAUUUCAAAAUGCUACAUUUUUGUUUAAUAAUAGCUUAAUUCUUAGUGUUUCCACCUCCUAUCCCCCCACUUUUCUAUUAUUCUACUCCAACACGUUCAUUCUCAUUGUAUUACUUCUUGAAAAGUGACUGUACAACUGUGUUU